ACCUAAUGGAACCGACUGAUGCAUGUAACAAAGAACUUUAGGUAAUAUAUUAAUUGAUCUUUGCUGGUUUAGAGAGAGCAUAUUGGUCAUGCAUUUCAAAUCAGAUCAGACACGCGUUUGAACCAUAUUAUUUUACGUGAACAUGGGAAGAGGGAAUGAACUAAGACCCAAUCCCUUUGAAGCUUAUAUAAUAAUACCCAUUAUCUAGAAAAGUUCGCCACAGAAUGAUUUGGUCUUUUUACCAAACUUCAAGGAUGUCUAAGCGAAAUUUUAGCUUAUGAAUUGAUUCACAGGGCUUUUUCUUUCAUUUUCUUGGACCGACAUAAGUUCCACAGAGAUUGAGGAGUGAAUUAUUAGCUUCUACACAGACAACGGUGUGAUUUACUAACUGCUACACGGAUAAGGAGUUUAUGUAAUAGCUGCCCUUGAAGGAACAUGGUGAAGGUAAAGGGUGAAGAGAGAAUCAAAGAGCAUCCAUACAGAGGCAUCAGGAAAAGGCCAUGGGGUAAAUGGGCAGCAGAAAUUAGAGACUCCAUUAAAGGAAUGAGAGUCUGGCUUGGCACCUUUAACACUCCAGAGGAGGCUGCAAGAGCUUAUGAUGCAGCAGCUAGGAAGGUGGGAAGACAAAACACAAAGCUCAACUUCCCAGACAAGGAAGAAAUCAAAAAUCAAAAUACCCACAUCCACUCUUCAAAUAAGAUGUCAAUCAACAACUCUUCUAUGAUGUCAAAACCAAAUGUUAUUACUCAGGCCUGCAGCUCCAUAUCAAAAAAUGCAUGCAACCAGGUUAAUGAAGGGAUGAUCCAUGCUGCAGAUGUAUCAAGUAAUGAAAAUUUCAUGAACCCUUUGGAUAAUGAUUCAGAAUGGUUUAAUGAUAUCAUUACUAAUGUGCCUGAGGGAAUUUGGGAGGGCUUGCCAAUUAUGGGAAAUGCUGUGGAUUUUGAAGAAGAGGAGUUUGACCUAGAUUUGUGGAGUUAUGAUUAUAUGGAUCUCUGAGCUGGUAACCUAGAGCUUUCUGUUAUACUCUUUGUAUACUUGUUUCAUAUGGUUGUUUCUGGAACCUGUGGGUAUGUGAGACUGAUUUAUGGAUAUUAUACGUAGAAAGUCUUAGAUAUUCCUAUUAAAAAAAAUGAGCUGGUGAUGUGCACUGUAUAUAUAUCUUAAUCAAAGCACUUUGAUCUUGUGAAGAAUCCAAGUCCUCUUUGUCUUUUUC